AUGGAGCCCGCGAAUGCGACAGUUCCCGAAUUCACGCUUCGCUCCCUGCCCAAGUCCAAUGCAGCUGCUAGUGCCGUUGGUGCAGGUCUGAUCACAUGGGAGCAAGCUGCGCAUUGGUAUCAAAGCUUCUUCACUGGUAGUCAAUACUUAGUACCUAUAUUCUGCGAGAGAUACGACACAAUCAUAUCGGUGUCUUCACGGAGCCCAAUUCUUUUCGAUGCCAUUGUCAGCAUUGGCUGUCGCGCCGAUGAGGGAUUCGAUACAACCAUCUAUCGUCGGCUGCAGGCUCGAGUUCGCGAUCACAUCACCAAUAUGCUCAUCAAUACGAGCGUUCCUGCAGUUGAGGAUAUACAGGCAAUCGCAUUGGUGGCUGCGUACUCGGAAAACGACUUUGUCUUAAUCGCAACAGCUCUUCGCUUCGCCAUUCAACUUGGGCUACCUCUUGUUGUCGAUCAACUCAUCGCGAAAAGUCAUGCACGAUCCAGGGUUGUUACUACCAAUGAGCAAAACCUUUACCGCUUGUCCAGAGUUUGGUACGGUAUUUGCAACCUUGAGCUCUUUUUCUCGCUAGAUGGAGGUAAACUUCCGGGCCUGACUCCUCACAUGUCAUCCCGAAAGAUUAGGAGUCUUCUGGUGCAUCCGGAACGCACAGCGAUAGAUAUCCGGUUACUUUCACAAGUCGAGCUCAACAUCAUCCGCACCGAAGCUUACACUAAGAUCAUGGGUCGGAACGGUGAGUUCACGACCCAACAUAGCGAAGAUCAACUGCGAACUACAGUGGAUGACGCUAGUGUUGAGCUGUCACUGUGGCUCGUUGAGUGGACUAACAUCGCAAUGACGGAGCCAGCGCCACAUCAACGUGCACUAGCACUGCAAAACUUACAGAUCCAACGAGCGUUCGCGAUGAUGACUCUUUACCUCAAAGCUGUAGCUUCUUCAGGGAUCGAAAACAUCGCAAUCAUGACCGAAUUCCAACGCGACUUCAUACGUAAAGCCAAAGAGGCGGCAAGCUGCCAUCUACAUUACAUGCUUCAAUCAUCGUUGACGCCAAAUUCAUCGCCGGCAUCUCACACCACGACCUCUGGCUCAACGUACCUCAGUACGUUCCGUUGGACACUCGAUUACGUUUGGGCCAAAUGCGCCGUCUCGGUUCUGCUUGUCCUCAAGCUAGCUAUACUCCUCCGCGAUCCCGUACCCUCUGUCAUGGCGCUACUCCGCGAUGCGCACCGCGUGCUGGAAGAGCUAAAAACCGUGACUGUGGGUCACAUCGCAUACUUCCAAAUUCUGCAAACCAGCAUCAAGAAGUGCGAGGCCGCCCUUCGAGAGUAUGCAGCGGAACAAAUCCCCGACCAAGACUCUUCGAUUACUGGAGCGAGAAGCGGCGCAGCAGAAGACGAAUUCCAGGGCUAUGUGCCAAGUGAGUUUGUCUUUGAAUGGGAUUUCCCUGGAUUGAAUCUCAAACAUAUGCCAUUCGGAUGGCAAGACCUCUUCGUCAACAUUGAUCGCUUGUUCUAG